GAAAAAGAGAGAAAACCAAGAGUUGCCAGCACAGAUUAUAGACUCCCAAGACGUUAUCCAAGGCUGGGGAAAGUCCUUAUCAGAGAGACAUGAAGAUCCUUUUGGGAGCGAUUGUGCUACUGGCCUGUAGUGUUCUUAUUGCCCAAGGAAACCUCUUGGAUUUUGGAAAAAUGAUUAAACAAGUCACUGGAAAAAAUCCAGUCCCAGACUACACCACUUAUGGGUGCUAUUGUGGAAAGAGUGGCAAAGGGCAACCCAAAGAUGCGACUGACCGUUGCUGCCUUGUCCAUGACUGCUGUUACACAGGACUGACUGGGAAGUGCCAACCCCACUUUCAAAGAUACACAUUCACCUAUCAAAAUGGAACUGUAACAUGCGAUGAGGGAAGCUGGUGUGCGGUGCAGACUUGUGAGUGCGACAAGGCAGCUGCCUUCUGCAUGCAAGACAACCUGAGCUCAUAUGACAAGAAGCUCCGUUUUUACUCCAACACGAACUGCGAGGGACCCAAGGAAUGUUGAAUGAAAAGUUGUUCCUGUUAUCCGUGUCUGCCCAGCUGCAGUUGUUAUCUGUUA